AUGGCCCUGGAAGAGGUGCCAUCCGUUUCCCGUGACCUUGACCAUUCAGCGCUCCGGGCUCUGUCUUCUGCUUCCCCUUCUUCGUUACCCUCUUCCUGCUCACGAUCUACUACCAGUCUUCUAUUCCAGUCCAAAGGCAUUGAAUUCAGGCUUUCAAUUCCAGACACGUUUUUGUCGCUUGUCGAACCACAUCGAAACGCCUUCCUUGCUUCGUAUUCCACCCAAGGCAACACUCAGAGUCCGCUCGAGCUGGCAUUGAGCUUCCUGUAUUUCCUACUUGACCAGAAAGUCUCGCCGCUUGUUCUAUCAUCAGUCUUACGAGCAUUCAACUUGGAGUUCCUUGGAAACAGGAGCGAAAUACAUUCCUUGAUAGCAGACCUUACACCUAUACCGAAGCAAAGGCAACGAUGGCUAGGAAUAUACUACCGGUUCCUGGAAGCAAGCGACGAUAAACGUGCGGAAAUACCGUUGAGUUCAAUCUUUCAGCAUGCCAGAACCAACGAAUUUCAACUAAUGGCCGUGUUCGGAGGCCAAGGGGAAUGCAGUCGAACCUGCCUCAACGAGUUCGCAGAACUUUACAGCUCAUAUGAGCCGAUGCUACGUCGACUGGUUGGAGUUAUUGGGCCCUGUCUCUACAAUCUAUCCACGAGUGACGAGUACAGCUCAUACUACAGAAACCAGCCUUUGGACCUUAAAGCCUGGAUUACUGAUGAAAAUCAUGUUCCCGACCUUGGGUUUGUUGCAUCAGCUCCCGUUAGUGUUCCGGUCAUUGGCGCACUCAGUCUCGCUCGAUAUUGUGUUACCUGUCACAUUACGGGAUGCAAUCCGGGGUUAAUGAGAUCUAUGUUGCGGACUGCUACUGGCCAUUCGCAAGGUCUGUUAGCGGCCAUUGUUGUUGCUGUUUCACACUCUUGGGAUAGCUUCUAUCAAGCCACGGAGGAAGUCAUUGAGCUUCUAUUUCGCCUCGGCUGGGAGUGCCACCACGCUGCACCUUGUAGCAUGGUUCCCGCAGCAAACUACGCGGACGUGGAUGGAGCGAACGGGCCGUCCUACAUGCUGAGCUUACGGGGCCUCAAGAGACAAGAGACUGAGGCUACGAUCGACCAUGUUAACGCAAGUCUACCGGAGGAUAAACGGCUUUACCUGGCACUGAUCAACGCGUACGAUCAAUUUGUGGUAGCUGGACCGGUCGCCUCUCUGCUUCGAUUGGAAAGCCAUUUAGUCGAAAUUACUAGCAAAGAUAUUGACCAAAGCCGAAUUCCUUUCCGAGAUCGAAAACCAUAUAUACAGCAUAGCUUCCUUCCGGUCAGCACUCCGUUCCAUACGCCGUACCUUACCCGAGCUGCAGCACGAGUAAAGAAACAGUUUGCUGCCCGUCCCAUCCCUACACGCCGGCUGGCGAUUCCUGUUUAUCAUACUCAUACUGGCCUAGACCUGAGGAAGCAAGGGGGAUGUGCACUAUCCAUCGCUAUAGAUGCCAUUGCGUCUGAGCCGUGCAACUGGCCGUGCGCGGUGGCGAGCUAUCAUGCAUCUCAUAUUCUUACAUUUGAUCGAGGCGGCCUUGCACCUUUAAUAAAACGCGUGAGAGAAGGAUGCGGCGUUAGAGUUGUCCAGGUCGCUGACCUCGAUACGAGGGAUUCUGAGAUGGCAACCAUGCGAGACCUGUUCGCCACGAAGCUUUUGCCCACGUCAACAAAAUUACAGAGCUGGGGGCAGCAGUUUCGGCCAGGUCUGGCGUCGGGGCCGAAGAUUCAGCUGGAGACACGACUGAAUAGAGUACUAGGAGCACCACCAAUUAUGGUCGCCGGAAUGACUCCUACGACGGUACACCCUGACUUCGUGGCCGCUAUUAUGAACGCUGGCUAUCACGCAGAGCUCGCCGGAGGAGGCUACCACAAUGCCUCCGCGAUGGAGGCUGCUAUAUAUGAUCUUGUUUCCAGUAUUCCAAAAGAGCGAGGUAUCACCUGCAACCUUAUAUACGCCAAUCCCCGGUCCAUUUCGUGGCAAAUAGAACUUUUGCGCCGCUUGUCAAAUGGCAAUGUUCGUAUUGAUGGCUUAACAAUAGGUGCUGGUGUUCCUUCCCUCACCGUGGCAAGCGAGUAUAUUGAGACCUUGGGACUGCGACACAUCAGCUUCAAGCCGGGGUCUGUGGCUGCAAUACGAAAAGUAGUGGAAAUUGCACGAGAACAUCCAGAUUUUCCAGUCAUCUUACAAUGGACAGGGGGACGCGGUGGUGGGCAUCACUCGUUCGAGGAUUUCCAUGCCCCGAUCAUCGCAACAUACGGAAUAAUUCGACAGGAGCCCAAUGUCUACCUUGUUGCUGGGAGUGGCUUCGGAGAUAGCGAUAGUGUUUAUCCUUAUCUCACUGGAUCUUGGUCAGUAGCAAUGGGGCACCCGGCAAUGCCGUUUGACGGUAUAUUGCUGGGCAGUCGCAUGAUGGUGGCGAAGGAAGCCCAUACCUCACCGGCGGUCAGGAGAAUCAUUGCUGCUACUCCAGGUGUGUCCGACAGCGAGUGGGAGAAGACGUAUUCUGGACCAGCAGGAGGGGUAAUCACCGUCACGUCCGAAAUGGGUGAGCCCAUUCAUAAGAUCGCCACCCGCGGUGUUUGUCUCUGGGCAGAUUUGGAUAAGACUGUCUUCAGCCUCUCGCGAAGAGACAGGUUGACAUAUCUGGCGCAACAUCGUCGCUCAAUUAUUCAAAGGUUAAACGCCGAUUUUGCGAAACCAUGGUUUGGAUGUAACUCCGAUGGUGAGGCGGUCGAUCUAGAAGAUAUGACCUACCUUGAGGUUCUGAAGAGAUUGACGGCACUCAUGUUUGUUCCCAAUAAACAGUGGAUUGAUGCAUCCUAUAUUGAAUUUACAAUGACAAUUGCUCAGCGUUGGCUCCAAAGGUUACAAUUCGACUCUGAAGCUGCGGCAAGCUUGACGAUCAGCCUGCUCAGAAAGGCACCAGAUCGUUUUCUUGCGAUAUUCGCCGACGUUUGUCCGACUGCUGAAGGCGAUCUUCUGAAUCCCGAAGAUAUAUCGUUCUUCCUAAUGCAAUGCAAGACUCCGGGGCGAAAACCGGUGAAUUUUAUUCCAGCCCUUGAUGAUGACUUUGAGUUUUACUUCAAGAAGGACUCUCUGUGGCAGGCCGAAGACGUUGAUGCGGUGCUAGAUCAAGACGCGGAGAGAGUGUGCAUACUACAUGGUCCUAUUGCAGCCAGGUACUCCAAGUCCGACAGCGAACCGGCUGGAUAUAUUCUGGACUCCAUACUUAAUGGAGUUGUUGCCCGUUUACGCGAAACCUCUACGGCAGAGAUGCUGCUUCCCAAACUGGAAAGGGGCCAUACCACGCCAGCGUCAUGGUCAACGUUAUCAUUGACCGAAAGGGACACUAGUGAGGAAACCUCAGAUACUUCUAUAACUUCCUUGUCAGAACUCAUAGAAAACCACUCUUUCUCUUCAGGAGGGGUCGAUAGCGUUCCCAGGCCGAGUCAUCCACUUUGGAUGCGAGCCCUACUGGAGGAUGAUGUGGUAUUGCAGGGGACAUUGCGUCAAAAAAACCCUUUCCGAGAUCUUAUACAAAGUUCACCGAACACUGUUGUGAAUUACAAUCAGGACUCCUCAGAGUUAAUGGUGACUGCGCAGGAGCCAUACCACAUAUCGUCAUUUAUGAGAGCUGUUUGCCACGAUGGCGUUAUGGAUAAGCGCAACGAGCGUAUCAAGUCAUUUUACAGCCUGUUAUGGUUUGGCCAUGACUGUGACACAAGUCAAUCGCUCAAUGGUGUCUUUUAUGGGCCAGAUAUAACGCUGACAGAGGAUCUAUUGGACGAAUAUAAUGCGACUAUAGGCCCGGCUUAUAGCGAUCACCGGCAGAUGGUCCCUAGCACCGAUGUCCUACCAAUAAGCAUGGGAAUAAUCAUAGCCUGGGACGUUAUAUCGCGGCCACUAAUACUUCGUCAGAUUGGAGGCGAUCUUCUACGCUUGGUUCACCGGUCGAACACGUUUGAGUAUUAUUCUGAUACGCGCCUCCGACUCGGUGAUAGCGUGAGUAGCAGGUCGGAGGUCCAGGCGGUUUACGAUGACGAUGGGGGGAGGGUUGUCAUAGUAGAAGCGCAGAUCCUUCGGUCCCGAGUACCGGUCAUGACAGUUACUUCGACUUUCCUGUUUCGUGGCUCCAAAGGCACGACUGUUCCUGCAUUUCGAAGAGCAAGAGAGCAGAAAUGGACUUACGACGUGACGUCCGAAUUCGAAGAAUCCAUACUCUUGAGCAGAAAUUGGUUCAGACCGUGCGAUCCUUCUCUAACCCUUGUCGGGAAAUCCAUGAUUUUCGAUCUCAACAGCCUGGUCAAAUACCAUGACGAUGGAAAUAUGGAGUUGCACGUCCAAGGCACUGCUAUGUCUCAGACAAAUGGGCAACAACAAAAACUAGCGAUCGUAGAUUUCAGGAACACUUGCACUGGAAAUCCAGUGCUGGACUUUCUCCAGCGCAGAGGGAAACUGGCAGAACCACGCACUGAGUUUAAGAUUCCUGGCUGGGCCGGAAAGUCCACCAUGGAUAUCCAAAUGCCUCCGAGCAACGAGCCGUACGCUCAACUUUCGAAAGACUUCAAUCCUAUUCAUACGUCCCCCAUAUUUUCCAGUUUGGCCGGGGUUCCUGGGACACUAUGUCACGGCAUGUGUACCUCCGCCAUUGCGGAGAGGGUCCUAGAGCAUUUAGGGCUUGGAGGUGACCGCGAGAGACUCCGCCGGUUUGAGGCGAGGUUCACUGAUAUGGUGAUGCCUCUAGAAAAGCUCGUUGUGGAGAUCAAGCAUACAGGAAUGGUCGAUGGCCGGAUGUGUUUUAGCAUUCUCGCCAAACGGAAAGAAACUGACGAACGAGUGCUUGAGGGUGAUGCGGAAGUAGAACAGCCUAGGACAGCAUAUCUAUUCACUGGCCAAGGAAGUCAGAGCAAAGGAAUGGGCAUGGACUUGUACAAGACGAGUACUGGUCAAUUCUUGCUAACCAAUAAGGGUGGUCUGUUCUGGACAUCGUGCAAAACAACCCAAAGUCCCUUACCGAUCCGCCAAAAGUAUCUCGAUAUUACUACAGAAGUCGUCCUUCCAAACGGAAAACGAGUCCAAAAGCCAGUAUUCCCCGGACUAACACCUACAUCCACAUCCUACACGUUUAGGCAUCCACGAGGGCUGCUCUACUCGACGCAGUUCGCCCAGCCGGCGAUCCUACUAUUCGAGGCCGCCGCGUUUGCCGAACUACGUGCCAAGGGCUACGUGUCACACGGUGCCGUGUAUGCAGGGCAUUCGCUCGGAGAAUUUGGAGCCUUGUCCGCCUUGUCUCGGUCCGUUCCUACGGGGGCGUUGGUCGAGCUGGCAUUCUACCGGGGCUCGGUCAUGCAGGCUUCCGUGGCGAGCGACAACGACGGAGGGACAACAUACGGAAUGGUUGCGAUGAACCCGAAGAGGGUUGGGACAUUCUUUACCCAAACUACGCUGGAUCGCCUAGUUAGCCAGAUCGCGGCCCAAAGCCAAGAACUACUCGAGAUCGUAAAUUUCAAUAUCGAGGGGGAGCAGUACGUCUGCUCCGGAACUAUUGAUCGACCAAUUAGCGGAGGCACCUGGCCAAGCUUGUCUGGCUGA